UUGGCGUUAAUCGUCUAUAUUGAUCAUGGUUUCGUUCGAUUCGCUAUCAAUUAUUCACUAAUUUCGCUGUUGAAUUUGAUCGCAAUUAUCUGCACGAUAUUUGCAUUGAAAGAUCAAAAUGCCGCCAUGCUUUACCCAAUGCUUGUGUCUCUAGUAAGUUUCAUUUUUCAUCUCACAAAUAUUCACUUAUGA